GCUAAGCUUGCGCAGAGCGGCAGCAGUGUGUGUAAGAGCAAACCCGGCAGCCAUGGCGACUAGGGUUGGGUUGAUUCGGGCCCGGGGCCAUUCAUGUCGGGCUCAGCUCGUGCAUGGCCCGCUGCAGAGCUCGAUCAGCGGUGUGCGGUUGCUGGCCCGCCUCUCCUCCUCUUCGCGCAACACUGCUGUAAAGGGCAGCCCCAGCGGCAGAAGCAGCAGUGCUCCCUUAGCGUUUCGCCCUCCCGAUCGUAGACACCAGUAUCCCGCGUCGUCGAUUUUUCUGGGGAGAAGCGACAGCGGCAGUGGCGGCAAGGCUCUGUUCUCGUCGACUACAGCAACCAGGCCUGCUCACGAGGAAGGAGCUGCGCAGGACUCGGACCCGGGCCGCAGCAGCAGUAGCAGCAACAACAACAAACCGGGGCGAAAGACGUUUGAUGGGAAAGACAACGACGACAGGCUCGCUAGGCUGGACGAUGGGGAUAAGUACGAGGACUUCUUCGACCUCCGGCUAGCGGAGGCGGAGACCAUCUUCCCGGAGGGCCUCGCCGGCGGCAGGCAGGGCGCCCUGGAGCGGGCGAUGGCCGGCGGCACGUCCACGGCGCUCCUCCGCCGCGAGGCUGCGGACGCGCUGAUCCACUCCCUCGACGCCUUCGCACCAGAACACGGGGGGGCGGUGCCGCCGUUCGGCAUCGAAGGCACCUCCAGCGAGAACUGGCGCAAGGCUUGCGAGGCGAGGCAGUACGGCAGCCAGCAGGACGGCGGUGGGUCUAAAGCAGGCGCGGCAACGGCGGCGGCGGCAUCGCCAGACGAUGAAGAUCGGGACGACGGCGGCGAUGAUGAUGACAUCAUCGGGGAUGUGAAGGCAGCGGCCGCGGAGGGGGCGGCGGCGGCGGCGGCGGCGGCCGAAGCAGUUAAGGCGGCGGCCACGGCCGCGGCGGCGGCGGCUGCGGGCGGGGAAGGGCCGGAGCAGGAGGAGGGGAGGGGAAGAGAGGACAAGAAGGUCCUCGGGAGCGGGCCGGUAUGGGAGGAGAUGAAGGCUUUGGCGGAGUCGAAACGAAAACCGCUCAAGGGCGUUCGACGCGUGGUGAUCCAGCCUGGUCAGGGCGGCGGGGCUCCGGCAAGAGCUGCGUCCUCAAUCAUGCCGUCCUCCACGCCAGCACCUGCCCAUCCCACUCUCCGUUCCCCCCCGCCUGUCUUGCAGUCUAUGAAGAGACUCAAGACUCUUCGGGAAGCUCACGGCGACCAGCUCAAGAACAUCAGCAUCAAGGACCCCGAGGUGCUCGGCCGGCAUGAGGGCGCCAAGACGCUGCUGGACGUGAUGGACAUGGGUCUGGCGGACCAAGAACACGCGGGGACGGCUCACUACGACGUGAUGAGGGAGUUGCUGGCGACCACGGAGGCGAAGGUGAUGCUGGCCAUCGACGAGUACAACGAGCUCUUCCAGAUGUCCCACUGGUACUACGGAGACAGCAAGGCGAGUGCUGCAGUAUCGCGGCUGGAAGCGCCGCACCUCACGGCAACCCUGCCGCUCCUGCCGCCUUUGGUCUCGACCGGCACUGGCCUGGCCUUCGCGGACGACUCGGUGGCGGCCCUUGCUAACCCGGAGGUGGUCGCCGAGACAAAAAGAACUCCUGCAGAGGCGGGGGGGGGGGCCUGGAUGAGCCCGGAGACCGGGGCGGCUUGCCUGCCGCCACCGCCGGCGAACGGCAUCGUGGUUUGCGCCGUGUCCGGGAGGUACCCUCCGGUGAAGAGGCUGAGGAAGAACAAGAAGUGGGUCCCGUUCGAGGCCACCGCGGGCCGGCUGGCGCAAGCCGUAUCGGUAAGGGUUUGUUGCAGUUGA